AUGAAGCCAGUCAUCCUCUACACGGCGGGCACGCCCAACGGCCAAAAAGUGUCCAACUUUACCGAAGAACUCAAGGCGAUCUAUCCGGAGUUCCAGGUGGACUACCAAUCCAUUUCGCUGGGCAAGAACGAGCAGAAGGAGGACUGGUUCCUUGCGAUCAACCCCAACGGCCGCAUUCCCGCGCUCAAGGACCCCAACCGGAACGACCACUGCGUCUUCGAGACCGCCGCCAUCAUCCUCUACCUCGAGAAGCAUUACGAUCCCAAACACGUCUUCUCCUGGUCCGACGAAGGGGAUGGCGUCGACAAGAGGAGUGAGGUGCUCAGCUGGAUCUUCUUCAUCCACGGAGGCGUAGGACCAAUGCAGGGUCAGGCAAACCACUUCUAUAGAUAUGCCCCCGAGGACAUUCCCUAUGGAAAGACUCGAUACAUCACCGAGACCAAACGUCUCUACCAAGCCCUCGAUACCCGCCUGAAGAACCACGACUGGCUCGUAGGCGACAAGUACAGCAUCGCAGACAUCAACGCCUACCCCUGGCUCCAGUACUACAAGUGGGCCGGGCUGAAGGACGACGAUGUCCCCCAAAGUGUGCGGGACUACAUCGACCGCAACUGGGCCCGAGAGGCCGUAAGGGAAGGCAUGAAGGUGCCCAACGGUACAACGGACUGGGUCGAAAAGAUGAGAAGCCCCGACUUUUUCGAGAAACACGACAAGGAGGCGCAGGAGAAGGCGGCGCUCGCCGGAAAGUGGAUCCAGGACGGCAUGAAGAAGGAUCGUGAGAGCAAGGCUUGA